GCUCCUCCCUCUCCGUUGUCUCGGCAGGUUUCUGCGCCCGGCCCGGCGGGAGGAGAAUGUGUGAGUCCCUCUCGGGGAGGGGAGGGGAGGAGAGGGAAUCACCAGGCGGCGCCACACGGCCAGCUAAAUGGAGUCUGAGCAGCUGUUCCAUAGAGGUUAUUACCGGAAUAGCUACAACAGCAUAACUAGUGCAAGCAGCGAUGAAGAACUUUUAGAUGGAGCAGGUGUCAUCAUGGAUUUUCAGACCUCUGAAGAUGAUAAUUUGUUAGAUGGUGAUGCAUGUAUUGCUGGAACUCAUUAUACAAUGACAAAUGGAGGAAGUAUUAACAGCACGACACACUUGCUGGACCUCUUGGAUGAACCCAUUCCUGGUGUUGGAACUUACGAUGACUUCCACACUAUCGACUGGGUGCGAGAGAAAUGCAAAGACAGAGAGAGACACAGACGGAUCAAUAGCAAGAAGAAAGAGUCUGCCUGGGAGAUGACAAAGAGUUUGUAUGAUGCAUGGUCAGGAUGGUUAGUCGUAACACUAACUGGAUUGGCAUCAGGUGCAUUGGCUGGGCUGAUCGAUAUUGCUGCAGACUGGAUGACUGAUUUAAAGGAAGGUAUUUGUCUCAGUGCUCUGUGGUUUAACCAUGAACAGUGUUGCUGGGCAUCAGAUGAGACAACAUUUGAAGAGCGAGACAAGUGUCCACUUUGGAAAACAUGGGCAGAAUUAAUAAUAGGUCAAGCAGAAGGCCCAGGUUCCUACAUAAUGAAUUACAUAAUGUACAUUUUCUGGGCCUUGAGCUUUGCUUUCCUCGCAGUGUCUCUGGUGAAGGUGUUUGCACCUUAUGCUUGUGGCUCUGGGAUUCCCGAGAUCAAAACUAUUCUGAGUGGCUUCAUAAUUAGAGGAUACUUGGGCAAGUGGACCUUGAUGAUAAAAACAGUCACUUUAGUCUUGGCUGUAGCCUCAGGGUUAAGUUUAGGAAAAGAAGGUCCUCUUGUACAUGUCGCCUGCUGCUGUGGAAAUAUCUUUUCCUACCUCUUUCCGAAGUAUAGCACAAAUGAAGCCAAAAAAAGGGAGGUAUUAUCAGCUGCUUCAGCAGCUGGAGUAUCAGUAGCCUUUGGUGCCCCUAUUGGAGGAGUCCUUUUCAGCUUAGAAGAAGUCAGUUAUUAUUUUCCUUUGAAAACUUUGUGGAGAUCGUUCUUUGCUGCCUUGGUGGCUGCAUUUGUUUUGAGAUCAAUCAAUCCUUUUGGCAACAGUCGUCUAGUUCUUUUCUAUGUUGAAUACCAUACUCCAUGGUAUCUGUUUGAACUAUUACCAUUCAUUCUUCUGGGCGUGUUUGGUGGGCUAUGGGGAGCAUUUUUCAUCCGUGCAAACAUUGCUUGGUGCCGCCGACGCAAAUCAACAAAAUUUGGGAAGUAUCCUGUUCUGGAGGUCAUUAUUGUAGCAGCAAUAACGGCUGUCAUUGCUUUUCCAAAUCCAUACACCAGAGUCAACACCAGUGAACUUAUCAAAGAACUCUUCACAGACUGCGGCCCCUUGGAAUCUUCCUCCCUUUGUGAUUACAGAAAUGACAUGAAUAUCAGCAAAAUAGUUGAUGAUAUUCCCGACCGUCCAGCAGGCACUGGAGUGUACUCAGCUAUGUGGCAACUGUGUUUAGCCCUUAUAUUUAAGAUUAUAAUGACUGUCUUCACUUUUGGUAUCAAGGUUCCUUCUGGCUUGUUCAUACCGAGUAUGGCGAUUGGAGCAAUAGCUGGGAGAAUUGUGGGAAUUGCUGUGGAGCAGCUUGCUUAUUAUCAUCAAGACUGGUUUAUCUUCAAGGAGUGGUGUGAAGUUGGAGCAGACUGUAUAACACCAGGCCUUUAUGCUAUGGUUGGUGCUGCUGCAUGCUUAGGUGGUGUGACAAGAAUGACUGUAUCUCUGGUGGUUAUUGUAUUUGAGUUAACAGGUGGGCUAGAAUACAUUGUGCCCCUCAUGGCUGCAGUUAUGACAAGCAAGUGGGUGGGAGAUGCUUUUGGCCGAGAAGGUAUCUAUGAAGCACACAUUCGUCUGAAUGGAUAUCCUUUCUUAGAUGCCAAGGAAGAAUUUACCCACACAACACUGGCAGCUGAUGUCAUGAGACCUCGAAGAAACGAAGCACCCUUGGCAGUGCUAACACAAGAUAAUAUGACGGUGGAUGAUAUAGAAAAUUUGAUAAAUGAAACCAGCUAUAAUGGUUUCCCUGUUAUAAUGUCAAAGGAAUCUCAAAGGCUAGUAGGAUUUGCCUUGAGGAGAGAUUUGACCAUUGCAAUAGAAAGUGCUAGAAAGAAGCAAGAAGGCAUUGUUGGGAGUUCAAGAGUCUGUUUUGCCCAGCAUACCCCAUCACUUCCAGCAGAAAGCCCUCGACCAUUGAAGCUUAGAAGUAUUCUUGACAUGAGCCCUUUUACUGUGACGGAUCACACACCAAUGGAGAUAGUGGUGGAUAUUUUUCGCAAACUGGGCCUGAGGCAGUGCCUUGUAACACACAAUGGGAUUGUCUUGGGGAUCAUCACAAAGAAGAACAUAUUAGAGCAUCUCGAGCAACUAAAGCAACACGUCGAACCCUUGGCGCCUCCUUGGCAUUAUAACAAAAAAAGAUAUCCUCCGUCAUAUGGCCCAGACGGCAAACCAAGAUCCCACGUCAAUAAUGUUCAACUGAACCCAAUAAUGGAGGAGAGAGGGGAAAGUGAAGAGGAAGUUCGUUUGUUGAACAGCACAACACUUUAGCAUGAGGCAUUGCUUUGCAAUGCAGAAUGAAAACUGGAUUUCUGGAGAAGCAUGCUGCCGGAUCUCAGGAGUUUGGUUGAGGAAAGGAUGGAGGGAUGGACAAAGGCUGUUUCUUGCACUAACAGAGGGGGUGGGGAAGUGGAAUUCUGCAGUCCUGCACUGGAUGCAUUCUGAGUUGCUAAAUCUGCUAUGAUAGUGCAGUGAGAAGUUGUGUCAGAAGACGGAAGGCUCUGGUUCACAUCCUGUUGCUUUAGUUUUGAAGAAAUGGAUGGUUAGUCCCUGUUUCUGGAGGGAUCCUUUUGAAUUGAGCCAUCAUUUGAAAACUGGAAAUUUUGCCCUUUUUACUGCAAAGAAUUGUGUUAACUUGUGAAUUGCAUAGUUAUAUUCUACAUCACCUCUUUACAUUCCAGAAGACCUUUCAUUUCCUGUCUCUCCUAACCUGUAAACACAGUCUCUUCACUACUGGUGUGUGUCCUACUAAAAUGAUAGUUUCUCAUAUUGAGAUAUACUAUGACCUGCUGAGUUUGAUCACAAGAAGGAAGUAUUUCUUGUGCCAUUUAAAGCUAGAGCUUGUAUAUCAUGAAACUGUUGUGGCAGUUUAGAUCUUCUGCAGCACAAGCAGAUUGUACAGGUAAAGUGGCAUCUCUGGAGCAUGUUAGAAAUCCUGUCAUUUGUGAGCUGCAAUAUAAACAGCCAAAACCUGUCUCAAGAAGAACAUCUGUGCUGCAGGAUAAUAAUGUGACCUGGGCUUAUGCAAUUUUUGUAUUAUUAAAAACACUAAGGUAUAUAUACCAAUGUUGUGCAGUGUAAGGCAGAUAUUGCUAGUCUGCUAAAACCAGGAAUAAUUCUGUAUAAUUGUGUAUCUGGUAACAAUUGCAUGUUCAAACACUGGAGAUCCUUCCUCCCCAAUUAAGAGCUGUCAUUUUUGUUUCCGAUUCCUACAAAACAGGAAAAAGUUUAUAAUCAUAAUUUGCACUAGAUAUACAUAGAUAUUUUACCAUGGUUUUAUUUAUAUUUUUAUGGAUUAAAAUAUACUGAAUAUAAAUUAGUCACACAGUUAAUUUUACCUUGUAGAUGUGUGAUUUUUAUACAGUAAUUCAAAAUCCACCAUAAAGGUGUGCUAGGCAAAAGCGCCUGCAGGGAAAGGUUUAACUCUUUUUUUUUCUAAUCUAACCUGACACUUGAUUGCCAUAAACUUAAAAUUACUGUUUCUUUUUUCAUCCAAGAACUGGAAAAACAAGAGUCUCUGUACGUGUAAAUAGUGCGAGAUUUAACAACAUGAUCAUAUUUUAAUUGUAGAUCUGUGGUCAUUUGAUU